CAAUAGUUCUUGAAUCAUCACGCCCGUGGCACCCAAAACCGGUAUAUCAUCUCGCCAGUUCCUGCCCUUCAACAGCGACCCCUGCUAGCGCAAGGCAACUUCCCCAACCGUGCACUGCCUCCUGCUUCUGGACACACAACGACUUACCCAUGACCGCAUUGAAACCAGAAAGCUACCCUUCUUCGCGACAAUGAGUUUCCUCAGUAGCAUCCGCCAAAUGCUUCCGAGUGUGCACUGGCUGCUAGGUCCACCCGAACCAACUGGCCCCUUCACACCAACCUACGCCGACGUAUGUCGCGCUCGCGCUGUGCUCAAGACCCUCAAACUACCCACCGAACUAGUCCUCAGCAUACUAGAGCACGCGCAAUACUGGCCCAUCGCAGAGAUUUCCCGGUCAGGCCGAACCAUCAUCGCCCGCGCCGGCAUGAACAACCCAUCGGCAGCAACACUCUGUCUCGAAGCCAACCCUUCCUCCACCCCCAUCGUGAAAGAAGCCAGUCUAGGUGGCGAAACAGCAAAAAUCAAGCGCAUCGACUUCGACAUCACGAGUCAAGACCAAGGCUGGACGAGCGAGAACACGCAGGGUACCUUUUCCACAUCGUCAUGGCUUGAAGUGUCCAUCUUGCGCGAUGCAUCGAAUAUUAAUAGUCUGCUUCCUACGCCGCGAUUGGUUAAUACUUGGAUUAGCAGUCCGAUGGAUUAUCAUACUAACAUGGUGGGUCGGGGAUGGUCGCUUGUCAAGAGGCCUGAGAGUGCGCUGCAGGGGCCGCAGGGUGGUGAGGGGCAUUUUGCUUGGUACUUGCAGGGUAAUCGUGUUAUGGCUGGCACUCAGGACUAUCAUGUUGCUUGGGAUGAAGGUGGUUUGUGUGAGUUUGAUGAGGGCAACGAGGGCGCGGGGAGUGGAGAAGGCUUUUUGGAUGCGUUGGAGCCGGGUGAUCGUGUUUUGGUGUGGGCUAGGGCAAAGUACCCUGGAUGGCAAUGUAUUGUUGAUGGCGUCAGCGUCACUGUUCACUAUGGAUUUUGAGGCCCUGACUGGCAAGAUCUCAUUCAUAUAAGCCCAGCGGAUACAUCGUAUGCUCUUACCCAACUGUAGCCUUCUUAAUGUUCCUGAGGCCUUCACCGCCUACUUUGAGUUUACAUCAUUCUACUUUUGUCAGGAGUCAGCCAAUAGCCAUUUUGUUCACGUCACAGCUGUCUCAUCCUUGAAGCGUUGGCACCGCUCUGUAUGAAGAUGAUGAUCGCAUUCAUAUGAGGCCCUGGUUUCAGCCACGCCGCCUUGCUGCCCACGUGCAAAUCCCCCCCAAGACAUCA